AUGCAACAGGCUGAUCAAGGCAGUGUCAUCAGCGAACUUAACGAGGUGUCUGUCAAGAUGGAAACUAGUACAACUAUUAGUGUACAAGAGGAGUGGGGACAAAACACAUCCCUGAGGAGAGCCUGUGUGGGUGUUGCGAAGUCCAACAGCCACAAAACCAGCCCCCCAUCUAAGGGGAAGUCCCGAAUGAGUCUGUGCCAGAAUGUUCCCACUCUGAUGAAAGCAACAGCAGAUGAUGAAUCGCCUUGUCCUGGCUACCUCUUUGAAGAAAUCGGAAAAAUCUCCCAGGAGUCCACUGGGUGUGGUCAGUUCCUGUUGGAGUACCUGUUGAAGAGGCAGGAGGUAGAAUCCUGCCAUGUCAAAAUAAAGGUUCUGAAGAUCUUCGUCCAUCUCUGUGGCCACGGAUUGCCUCACUUUCUGACAGAACUUGGACGGAAAUCCACCUUCAUCCAACAGGCCUCUCAAUUUAGUGGUCCCCCUGAUCCCAUCCAUGGCAUUGCUCUGUAUCAGAAAGUGAGGGCCACAGCACAGGACAUAGACAGGUUACUUUUCACAGACACAGCCUCUCCCCAGAGCAGCAAACUAGCCAUGUCAUCCCGGUUUUGA